AUGAUAAGGCCGUUAUCGGAUCACCCAAUUUCUACUAUCACGCACGAGGGCAAAUAUGUUGAGCGUGUUGGUGCCGGUGCUCCAGUCUACCUCUCUGCAGUGCUUGAAUAUUUGGCAGCCGAGGUUUUGGAACUGGCCGGUAAUGCUGCGGUGAGGAAUGAUGAGGAACUGAGUAAGCUUUUGGGGUCUGUCACCAUUGUCAAUGGAGGUGUGUUGCCCAAUAUUCAUCGAACUCUUCUUCCCAAGAAGGUGGCAAGGGGGAAGGCAAAAUUGGGUCUGCCUCUCAAGAGUUUUAGGGGUUUAAGGCUCUUUUUAGAAAAUAGG